AUGAAUCCUCGCCAACCUUGCCAAGCUGCGCAACAACUUUUGCGCUUGCGCACAACAGCGCAGCUUCCCCUGACAUGGCGCACCUUUUCAAAAUGCCCUCGGCAACGCGCUUUUACGUCUUCGGUCCCCGGAGCAGCGAGGAAUGGGCACAGCAGAGACGGCGGUCCGACCAUCCGGGUGCCGGCGGAAACGCAUCGGCGUUCGGUUCGGCCCCGUUCGCGGAUCGCGGCUUUGGCGGCUUUGGCGGCUGGCGUCGGCCUGCUUUCCAUCGCCUUCGCCUUUUAUCCUGCUCCGCGCACAGCAUUCGACGCUCAUUACGCAACUGCACCGCCGGUCGCGGCAUCUUCCGGCUUCGAAUCCCAACCCUGUCCGUCGCCCCUUGGCCCUGCCGACAACCGGGAUCCCAAGCUCCCUCGCUUCCGCAUAACGGAGGUCCGUAAACACGGGGCCGACUCGGAGCAUCCGUGGGUCAUACACGCCGACAAGGUGUAUGAUAUCACCGAUUGGAUACCGGCUCACCCCGGUGGCCAGGUCAUUCUUCAGGCUGCCGGGGGCUCGAUAGACCCGUACUGGGACAUCUUCACCAUCCACAAAAGCCAGUACGUCCAUGAUAUCCUGUCGCAGUAUCUCAUUGGAUACGUCGACCAAGCAGACCUCAUCGACGGAAAGCCUGCGCAAGACCAAAUCGAGGACCCCUUUCAACACGACCCGGAACGGCAUCCCUCCCUCGUUACGCGUACGGCCAAGCCCAGGAACGCGGAGCCGCCCGGAGAAGCCCUCGGCGCCCAUUUCUUGACCCCCGCCGACCUGUUUUAUGUCCGUAACCACAUGUGGGUGCCGCAUGUCGAACAGGAUCAGACAGAUGACCAUCGCUUGACCGUCGAACUCCUCGACGGAACCAUCAAAGAGUACACACUAGGCGACUUGAAGACCAAGUUCCCGAGGCACAAAGUAACGGCAACGUUGCAGUGCUCCGGCAAUCGCCGGAGCCACAUGAGCCGAGAUUCCGGACGCAAGGCAAACGGCCUUGCCUGGGACGCUGGGGCGAUAUCAAACGCGACAUGGGAGGGCGUCCUCCUGUCCGACGUGCUCGCGCAUGCAGGGCUCGACCUGGAAGAAGCUCGAAACGGCCUGAGCGAGACGCAGCACGUCCAUUUCACGGGCCUCGAGGCAUACGGCUCGUCCAUCCCCAUCAAGAAAGCCGUCGAUCCGCUGGGCGACGUCCUGCUGGCGUACGGCAUGAACGAGAAGCCCCUGCCGAGGGACCACGGGUCGCCCCUGAGGGCCAUUGUCCCCGGCUACGUUGCGGCCCGGUCUGUCAAAUGGCUGAACCGCAUUGCCCUCAGCGACGAAGAAAGCACGAGCCAGUGGCAGCGCAAGGACUACAAGUGCUUCGGGCCCAACGAGACAAAGGUCGACUGGGACGCGGCCCCCGCCAUCCAGGAACUGCCCGUGCAGAGCGCCAUCACGACGCUGCAGCUCGGGAAACGGGUCGGUUCAAAGGCAGAGCCUGACGCGCUGGCAAACGACGAGCAAGACGGCGACGACGGCGACGACGGUUCGUCAGGCACGCCCGGACGGCGCGUAGCCCUGAGCGGCUAUGCCUUCUCCGGCGGCGGCCGGUCCAUCAUCCGCGUCGACGUUUCCCUCGACGGCGGCGCCAGCUGGGACCAAGCACGUCUCCUGCCGGACUGCGUGUCCAAGAACGGGACGCCGUCGCCCUGCCACGGCCACGGCGCAUGGUCCUGGAAGCGAUGGACGUACGACGGCUCCAUCCCGCUCGACAAGUUCACAGAGAACCCGGGCCCCGCGGCCCAGGACGCAGCCUCCGCGGCUGCCAACGCCCCAUCCAGGCGCGCCAGGCAGCAGCGCUGCACGACCGUUCUCGUCAAGGCAACCGACGACGCGUACAACACGCAGCCGGAGAGCCACGCCGCCACCUGGAACCUGCGCGGCAACCUCGCCACGGCGUGGCACAAGGUCCAAGUCUGCGCGGACUGCUCGCGCGCGUCGGCAGGGGCAAAACACGCGCACGAGAAACCUUGA